AUGUCGUCUAUGGUUGUUUAUCAAAUGUUUUUGCUUACAACAUUGUUAGUGGUGGAUGGUGGCUGGAGUGAGUGGAACUCCUGGAGUAACUGUACUAAGGCAGUUGGUGGUAUACAAACAAGAAAGAGAGAAUGCACCAAUCCGGAACCAGCAUAUGCUGGGAAACACUGCGAUGGGACCGGUGCACUCCUGAGAGGAUGUAGCAACAUGUCCAGUUGCCUUGAAGGUAACAUAAAAAUUGCAGCUUUUUUAAUUUCAGUGGCUAAAAACUUCUUUGUUGAAACAAAAAUAAACAAAUACAGGAAUAACAGUUAGAACAAAAACAAAAGAACGGAACUUCUGAGUUUGAACUUUAAUCACAUAAUUAUUCAGGCCAAGUAUGUGAAAUGCACAAAUUAUUAAGAGUCAUUAUAAGCCAGAAAUCCUUCAUAAUUGCAAAUCUGUACAUAUACGGAAUACACCAUGCUCUUUUUGAAAGAGCAGUUAAUUUAGCGUUAACAAAUGAGUUGAAAACGUAAAUUGGCCACCAUAAAGAGUAAAAAAGCUGACGUUUCGAGCGUUAGCCCUUCGUCAGAGCGAUUUGAGGAAUUGUGGGUUGUUUGUGGCUUUAUAUGCAGCAUGACGUCUAGACAUCAAAAUUUCAAUUGACGACAACGAUUUAUGCACUAGUGUUUACUACAAACCUACAGAUUCACACAGUUACUUGUUGUAUUUAUCUUCACAUCUAUCGCACGUUAAGAAUUACAUACCCUUUUCACAGUUUCUCAGACUUCGUUGUUUAUGUAGUGACGACUCUAAUUUUUCCGACAGUUUUUCGAUAAACGUGGCUAUCCUGUUUCUGUCGUUCAAGCGGUCCAUCACCGUGCCCAACAAAUUGAUCGACAGUCAGCACCACAAACGACUGAGAAGGAAAACACUGCGGACUGCAUUCCAUCCACUCUCACAUUUCACCCUCACAACCACGCGGUUAAAUCUAUCAUUUUUAAAAACUUUAAAUUACUCCAAAACGAUUCAAAGACUGAUGCUAUCUUUUCGCAACCCCCACUUAUUUCAUUCAAACGUGACAAAAACAUAGGAAACUAUUUGGUCAGAUGUUCAUUUCAAACCAAUGACCAAUCUGGAACUUUCAAAUGCGCUCACUCACGAUGCAAAACUUGUCCUUUCAUUCAUAACGUAGAGAAAAUAUCAGGACCCAAGAGAUCAAUUUAGAUCACUGAUCACUUUACGUGUACCUCCGCCAACGUCAUUUACUGCAUAACUUGCACUUAUUGCAAUAAGUUAUACAUUGGUGAAACAGUUAGACGAAUAGGUGACCGAUUCCGAGAACACCUUCGCGACGUGGAAAGAAAUGACAAGGACGCAUCCAAACCAGUCGCUGAACACUUAAAUCUCCCUAAUCAUUCUAAACAACAUAUGGCGGUCUGCGGCCUUUCCUUACAUCUAGGCAGUUUGGAAAGUCGCAAAAUACUAGAACAAAAAUUUAUAUUCCAAAUCGGCACUCUUAAUCCCAACGGUGUCCACGAGCGCUUUUCAUUCAACUAAUUUAUUCCUGUUUUCUCGUCACCAUAUUCCCACCAAUAGCGUAGCUCCAUUUGCUGCAUAUAAACCCACACGCAACCCACCAUUCCUCCAAUCGCUCUAAUGAGGGGCUAGAGCUCUAAACGUCAGCUAUUUUAUUCUUGGCCAAUGACGGUGGUCAAUUUACGUUUUCAACUCAGUUGUUAACACUAAAUUACCUGCUCUACUCUCCCACCGACGCAGCACCACAGUUUCCUUAGAAACUUGCCCCCUUUAUUAAUUUGACAAGAAACAUGUUUAAUAAUGCGAGGGUCUCAGAUAUUAAAUAACGUUUUGGCAUUGACUUUCUGGUAAAGAAAAUCAAGUUAGCUACACAGGAAAUUCUUCCACCACAAAACUGAAAAGAAAUUUUUCAACAAUGUUAGGACCUCUGUUACUGGGUAAUUAUAUGGGAACAUCAUCAACACAAGAAUUUACACAAGCUGAAGUAGUCCACGCUGUUUAUUUUUAUCCUUAUUUAUCAGUUUUUUUUGCUGAAUAUUUUGAAGGAUUUCCCCUGCGUUUUGAAACAAAGGGGAACCCAUCUGUCGGUACAAUGGAGAUAUUCUCAAAUAGCAGCUGGCAAACGCUUUGUACCAGUCAAUGGGAUGAAGCAGAUAAAAAUUCAGUCUGCAUGGCCAUGGGCUACUAUAACAACGGUGUUUAUGCUAAUGACACAUGGUACGCAGAACGUAGCAAUGCUUCAAUGUCCACCCACUACAACUGUACAAUUCCGACCACAUGUCAAAAGAACGUGGUAAAGAAACAACAAGUCUGCGAAGGUAAUCAUGAACUGCACUCAUGUAAUAUCCACAUAAUUUCCAAAGAUGGUAACUUGAUAGAUUCACUCACACUCCAGAGAUGAAAACUUUCCCGAGAACAAUGAUUGUUCGUCUUCGGGUAUCUUUUUGGUUCUAAAAAGGUUUCUAACGCUAAAAAUUGUUUCUACUGUUUACAUCCUAAGACGUUUGCGCAGUCAUGCAUUUGAGUUUCAUGAACUUCACAACCUCCAAACCCUCCAUUAAGUUUCCUUGAAACUAUUGCAUCCUUCUAGUUUCCCUUUUCUCUCUCUUUCGUGCAAUUGGGGAAUUUCACAAUUUUUUACUCUACUUAUACUGAACUAAACGUCUUUUUCUCGAUUUUUCCUUGAGAAAUGCUUUAAAAAUGACGUUCUAGCUUAAAAUAUAAAUCACCCCAUUGUGUUCUCUGAAAGAAAACGUUUUAAGCCGGCUAAGAAAACACGUCUUAAAUGUUUAAAAUUUUUCCCAAAAACAUCUGGUUUGUCUUAUUUUAGGGUAAAUGAUGAGUUUUACAAUUUGAAGCACAGUCACGAAGCAAUGUAAAAGAGGUCCGUCGGAAACAUCGCAGCAGGGAAACUAUGAAAACAUCGUGAUUCACAUCUGACAACAAACGAUAAUUUGCACCUAGAAUUUCACUUAAACAAAACACUUAGACUGGUAUGAACUAUUCAUCAUUUUGUGAUUUAUAGGCAUUCUUGUUUCUUGAUAAUAAGUGUUUUCCAUUCUUAUAAAUUCGACUUUUUGUUAUUUCAUAAGUUCCUGUUCGCUUGAAAGGCGCAAAUGUGGAGUAUGGAGGAAGAGUGGAAGUAUUUUACAAGGGGAAAUGGGCGAAGAUAUGCAAGAAUGGGUGGGAUUUCAGUGAUGUCAAAGUUAUUUGUCGUCAACUUGGCUUUGAAGAGGCUUUGGCGGAAUUUAUUGGGUCAGAAGUAAAGGAUGAGGGAAUACCUUUUGCAAUGUCUGAUGUCUCUUGCACCGGAGAGGAGUCAGAACUUGCAUCAUGCGAUCGCGUUGAUGGAAAGUUAAAUAUUCCACUUCAAUGUCAAUCGGAUGGCGAGGGUUCUCAAGCGUUGUGUCAACCAAGUAAGCAACUAAAUGUUUAGGCCUGACUAGUGAUUCUGGUUUUCGUGGUUGUCUUUUUCUUCCCAUUGACCUUCUAAAGUGGAGGAAAAUCAGAGUAAAUUGAGAUACACAGAUGACCAGAAGACCAUUUCUAAAAACAUUCUGGUAAAGUACGACUCGCGGACAAGCAUAUAUCUGUUCGCAGAUUUUACGCUUUAGAUAGUGACAUGACUUUGACUGGGGAUGACAUGACUUGGUUUAGGGUGACAUGAAUUGGCUUAAAAUGACUUAGAUGAUUUCGAUUUCUUCAACUUAGUUGAUAAUAUAAAUUUGCCUCCGUAAAGAGUUUCAGAGCUGAAAUUCAAACGUUAGCCCUUCGUCAGAGCGGGUGCUAUACUUCCCCACAGACGCAGCACCACAGUUUCUUAAGAAAUUUACCCUUCUUAUAGAUGAUUCAGUUUGGUCUUGAGGUGGAAUAACGUUAGCUAAGGUGUACAUGACUGUCAAGAAGGUAAUAUGACUGCUUAUAAGAUUAUCUGACUUCAGUUAAAGGUUACCUUUUUUUUUAAUGGGUUUCAUAACUUCUUUGGAUGCAAUAUUAUUCUGUUCAAAGGUUACAUUACUUUAAUAACGGCUAACAUGAUUUUGUUUGGAGUAAUGUAACUUAGUUUUGAGUACGACAAAGUUCAAAACAUUUCUCAAUGUAAGCAUUAGGACAGGUAAAGAUAUGCAUCUUUUGUAUCCCUUGUAGUGUUAAUUACAAAAAAAUUUUACUUAUUUUGACAACAUCUAAAUUGAACCAUUUUUUUUUUGUUGCAGAGAACAAGAAAGUGUUGAAAAGAGAGGAACUCUAUUUUGAGAUUGGUAGCACAGAAAGGCUUCAUUGUUCUAUACACAAUAACACCAAUCAUGCUAGAUGGGUCAUUAAUAGGCGAAAGCUUGAAAUAACAAACUCUUCUUCUCAAAGGAUCAGGGCUGAAGACAAUGGUGAUCUGGUCAUUGAUGACGUGCAACUGUCUGAUGGAGGAAUAUAUGAAUGCCAGAGAUUGGAACAUGUUCAAUAUUACAUUGUCUACAUUAAUGGUAUGAAAACACAUAUUUUUAUCUUGUAGAAAUAGGCUUAAUAUGCAGGACAAUGUCAUGUAAGACAAGUACACUUCUGACCUUUCAAAAGUGUAGCUAUAAUAUUAGUGCUUUUCAUUACUCCUUUCAACAGCAAGAUUUACUGAGAAGACGUUGGACCAACAAACUUUAACUGCGUACACGUCUGGCAUUAUAAGCUGUAGUGCUGAUGGAACACCAAGUCCACAGAUUUCUUGGAGUAAGAAAGGAGGAAAGUCCUUAUAUCCGAUACGAUUCACUCAAGUAUCCGACGGCAGCCUGCGUAUUGGUUAUGUAAAGCCUGAAGACGAUGGAACAUUCACCUGUACCAUGAAACAAACUAAAGGACCACAGAGGGUCACAAGCAAAUAUAAAAACAUACGAGUGUCAGUUAGAAGUGAGUGACCAAUGAGAUAAUAUAUAGAAAGUCAUAAUAUCAGUUCUUCAAAUGUGAUUAAUUUCAUUUACUCAAUUUUAAAACUUUUUCGCUGUUCAUAUCCGCAGCCAUGUGAGGCGACAUUUUAUCGUGAAUACGUUUGUUGAUUUUAGUUGUCUGAAAGUAGGGUGCCAUGUUAAAAAAUUAUACUUACGUUAUUUGUCAACAGUGUAGUUUCCUCGUCAUAACUCUAAGUAAGUCCCUUUUGAUGAAGUUUAUAGUUUCUUUUCAAACUGAUGUGCUUAAAUCGACUUCGGUUGGUCGUGGUGACAAAUUCACUUUCUGAAUGCAGUAUAAUCGUUUGUCUCGCCAUGAAGUCACUUUGGAUAUGGAUCGCGACUUUUUGACUGAAUAUUGUGUCUUCGUACUAUAAGGUCGGUAGAUAUGCAUGACCUUAUGAAACUCUCUGUUUGGCUGUGAUUGGCUGGAAUCCCACACAGGCUUCGAUUGGCACGCUUUGACAAAAUGCUCUUUCGGAGUGUACUGUCGCAAAGUUAUCCUAUUUUUUUUUUGUUGUGGUCAGCAUCCAUGUUUCUGGGAUGUCUACCUCAAUGUCCAAUUUAUGUUGUAAUAGGCGAAGUCUUGUGGAUGGCCUCUUUUACCCUGCGUGUCUAAUGAUAGGAUCACAAUAAAUGUACCCUACUUCAGUCCAGAGCAAGUGGUCACCAGGUGUCUUUUGAAACUGCAGAGGCCUUUGUCUUAGCAUGUCGUUUCUCGAUCUGCCUUAUUACUCGUUUAACCUUACUUGCAUAGGUCUGCCUUUCCGCUAAUGUAAACUUUAGCGUACUCAUAGGGAAUCUUGCAAACUACGGGCUCUUGUUUUUUUGCAGUGCUAUUAAUGGCGAGUGUGUUGUUACUAUUUGUAACAUCAGUGAAGUGAAUAGAAUGCUUCCGGUUCUUCAAAUGCUGUAGCAAGCUAUCAGCGUGUUCGCGAACCAAGAUUAUGAAUGUGUCAUAUACAUAGCGUUUCCAGAUCCUUCGCUGGUAGGAUACCGAUUGCUCCUAUAACUCUCUAUGUGGAGAUCAGCAAUAACGGCGGAGACCAUACUCCCCAUGCAUGGUUGCGCCUUCUGUCUUUCGUAAUUUUGUCCGAGAUCAUAGGAGUAUGUAGACCUCAAUACGAAGUUCGAAAGGUCCGAGAUCUGAGAAACGAUUAUACUUCAUAUAAAGCGCUAGUGUCAUUAUCAAAUGUUCGUUUAUUUACGGUGUCUAAUGUGAUCAGUGUAAAUGAUACUGGAAUACCUCCUAUUUUCCAAGGACAUGUCAUUUAUUUACCUCUUAGUUCGACCUGAAGUGGUUAUUUCUGGAGCACGCAAUCUCAUCAUAGAAGGAAACAGUGUGAACUUGACGUGUGAAGUUGUGGCGGGUCGCCCUGAACCUCAGAUCACCUGGCUCAAGAAUAGUACAUUGCAAGGAAAUAGUUUGUCUCUCUUCUUUCCCGAGAUAACAAAGGAGGACGAAGGGUGGUACACUUGUAAGGCAGAGAAUGCAGCAGGCUUUUUCAACAAAGACGUUAACAUUUCUGUAAAGGGUGUGUUCGUAAAGCUCACAACCGUAUUAUAAAUCAAUCAUGCAUCUGAUAGGUCUACGGAGUGCGGAACAAUAGUCAGUGGGCCCGACUCUACAUUUAGGGGUCUGGGUCUGGGUCUGGGUCUGGGUCUGAGCUAAGGGUAAGGUGAUUGCAGAAAACUAUCAGAAAAAUGAAAAAAAUGCAAGGGCUUUCAGCUAUUACCUGCGACUGGUCCACCAGUGAGGACCAGGUCCUGAAUGAAUAAUUUUCCAGACCGCCUCAUUAGUUAUUUAUUGCGAAGAACUGGAAAAUCUUUACAAUUGCUCCUUUGUUCCCGCUCUAAAAAUUUGAUGAUUUCAUAGUUAAAUUAUUAAUAUAACCUGACUGACAUGGCUUUUGGAAGCAUUUGUUUGAUAUGAUCAAAAAGUGGUUCAUUUUCAUCAUGUUCUUCUUCUUCAUUUUAAUUGUUAUUUAUUCUUUUUAUUAUUUUGUUUUCUUUAUGCGAGCGGGGGGGGGUUGGGGUGACUUCUAAUUUUGUAAUUUGUGUUUACAUGCUUACUUUGCAGUUCCACCCCGUGUUAGUAACGAGUUCAGAAAUCUCACCAUUGCAUUUAACUCCACAUUUACAAAAGAGUGUUAUUUGAGAGGAGAUCCACCAGUAUCUGUCAACUGGACCAGGGAUGGAGUGCUAAUUAGUAGAAACAACACCCUGGUUAUAAGACAAGCGACGCUUAAAGAUAAAGGCAAUUAUGAAUGUACUGCUAAAAAUUAUUAUGGUGAAGCAAAAACUUCCUUCUGGAUCGAUGUGACAGGUAAACUCUAUAUUGUUGUUUACGUCAUUUAUCAAACUUGUAACUUAACAAAGCGUUUGUUUUUAAAGUUUAAGCCAAAUUUAAAUAGACCUAUUUUUUCUCUCUUUUCAUCCAUUUCCUUUAAAAUAUCGAAGACCAAGGAACUAAGGAGUCAUGAUGUUAUGAUAAAUUUUCAUUAGUGAAACAAGAAAUGUAACUUGGAAAAAAAGAUGGAGACUCACCACCCGAAAGAGCAAAGAUUAAUACACGAUUCGAUGACAAAAAGAGUUAACUUAAUAUGACUGAAGUUGUGAAGGAGGACAGUGGUGUGUAUUUUUGCGAGGCACGUAACAAGAUCGGUUUUGUUGCUCGUUCCUUUGUUAAAAUAAACUUCAAAGGUAAGCUGGUGUUACCGUUGUGUCUUAAAAAACAUACGACUUUACCGAUUAAAAUAUAUAUUUGCAAAUAGAUUAAAACUAUUUUUCAGUUAAAGACGGAACAAAUAUGGGUCACCUUACCCAUUUACAUGAAAUUACGUUGCAUCGCUCUGUGAAAUUCAGGUAUUUCCUCUUUAAGAGCAGGUGUAAAUCAUGAGUUAAACAGUAUGCCAAGCUAUUCCAAAGCUAUUCCAAACAACCGGAAUUUUAUAAGUACUUUUUACGACCGUCGAGAUUUUUCUAAUGGCCACAUAUUUAUCUGACACAAUUAGCUAAGCAAGUGCCACGAGCUAUGCAAAGUUUCAACACUUUGUGGUAUUACAUUGGUGGAUCAGUGGCGGCAGCGAUUGUCAUUUUGCUAAUUGCCUGGUAUUUCUGCAAGCGUCGGACAGGUGACGUCCAUUUUCUGUGUUAUUUCAGAUUUCUUUGUUUCAAGUAAAAAGAAGGAAAUGUUUAAUCUUAUUUGAAAAGUCUACUGAGGGGGGGUGGGAAACACUGAGCAAAUAGUCUAGGAGUAGAGAUAUUUUUAUAAGAAUUACUCGCGUGCCGCCAAAAAAUGCUAAUUGCAGAGUUUUUUCACAUAUGUAUAUGGUAUCAUCAUUAUCAUUUCCAUUAUUUUUAACGGUGUUUUGAAAUUAAUUAUAAAUUCAGCAAAUAUCACGUCCCUCUUAAUUAGUGCAAAUUCAAAUUAUGCUGCCAUUACACAGAAAUUUGAUUAGAAUAUUCGAUUUAAUCAAUUAAUGCAAAGUUUUACCUUCUUUACGCCCUUUAACUCAUUAUUUGGAAUUGCAGCUAUGGCUCUGUAAGUCAACCAUUUUAUCUUUUAUUCAUCAAAUUUAUCCCGAAAAAAAAUUCCCCAUUGCAUGAUGACGAUAACAAAAAUCAUAUCGCAGUGACUUUACUUUUAUCGUGCUUAUGAUGCAUUAUUAACAUUCAUCAAGUGUUGUUAGAAUCAGCUUCAUUAGUUCCUUUGUUUAAUUUUUUUAUCUCGUUAUUAUCUUCCAUCUAUUUUCGGUUAGAUUUAUCCAUAGAUUUAGUACUUUAAAAAAAUUGAAAUGCACAUACAAUUUUCUGAUUUAAAAACCAAUUGUUUCUCGUUUGAUUUCAACUUCAUCCGAUCGACAAAGUGUAUUUAAAUAACAAUAAUUACUAAUAUGUUUUGUUAUAAUUUUUGUUCUUGGUUUAGUAAAAACAUUGUUUUCUCACUAUCGGCAGGAGAGAUUAUCUCGCCAAUCAUGUUAUCCUUGCAAAUCAAUCUUUUACCCUCUGAUUUCUCUUUUCUUUUCAUCACUUUUCUUUGUUUUGAACCUGAAAGUAUACAAUGUUGACUUCCCAUAUUUAGUCCUGACCAAGAGCAGGCAAUUAAGAUGGAGCCAGAUAAAGAUGAAUGCAAAGGCAGAUGCGUGGGAGGUUGCAGUUGACCGUGUCCUGCUACAAGAGGUCAUUGGACGAGGGGCGUUCGGAGCCGUGUGGAGAGCUCUCCUGAGUUCACCAAAUGGACAACCUGGAAAUCGGACGGUGGCCGCUAAGUGUUUCACGCGUAAGCCUCCUUCAAUUUGUUCUAUUAUACAUAUGUUGAUCUCAGGGGUGGUUACAAAAAUGUUUCAUUUGGGGAGAGAGGGGGAGGGAAGGGGUGGUCCAAAAUUACUUCUCGACCAACACACACCCCCCUCUUCUUCACUCAAGGUUACGCGCGGGAAAAAAAAAGGUGGGAAAGGAGCAAACAAACAAAGAAGAUAAUCAACUAGUUUGGUCGUAAAAGUGGUCCUGCAAUAAUUCUUGUUUCCAACAAGUUGUGUAACAGGUUACAGGCAUGGGUUAGAAGGGGGUUAGUAUGGAUUAGUAUCCGCAACACUCCCGCCCGGGGGGGGGGGGGAAGGAAUGUUGCGGAUACGCUCAAUCCUCCCCCUCUUUUUUCCUUUGGACCAAUUCCCCUCUUACUAGUGACCGAUUAUCCCGGGUUGAAGUUGGCAGUCUAACAGACUGACUACACGGUGCUUUUCGCUGGCAAAAGACAUUUACCGAACAAAAGAUGUGGAGCAUCUGCAGUGAUUGGGGUAAUAACAGAGUCACCGUGCAAUAAUGGCAGGCUAUCGAUGUUGUCUGAUAUUCUUGGCUUGGCUACUUAUCACAAUUGUCCUACACUCUCUAAAACCUAACUGUGGUUUCGAUAAGACGUCCUGCAGUAUCGCUGUGUCGACGGGUUUGGAUAUUAAGCAGUAUCCAACACGAAAUUCUGGUCUGACCCGGAGGUUCCUACGUGAAGCACUUGUGUCGCCAUCUUUGAAAUGUAUGGCCGCACUGAAAUUUGCAAAUAUCACUGUCUGCGCAACUUACAUGGUUCUGUUAGCAGGAGAUAUACAGGAGAAUCCAGGGCCGGUGACGGAUGCUUGUGCUGUUUGCACUAAAGGAUGCCGAAAGAAUCAGAUGGCGAUACAAUGCGAUUCAUGCGACAAGUGGUUUCAUGCUAAGUGUAUCAGUAUGAAGAGAACGGAAUAUGAUAAACUUUGCGAACCUUCUCUGGCUUGGGAAUGCAUAACUUGUUUAUCACCUGGCUUUGAAUUGGAUGUGUUUGUGGUAACAGAAUCGCGUCUGGAUUGUACAUUGCUCGAUAGUAAGAUAUGUCCUUCGGGUUAUACUUGCUACAGAAAAGAUAGAAAUCGAAAUGGAGGUGGUUGCGCCGUCUUUGUAAGGAGCAAAUGGCCAAGCAAGCGGAGAAGUGACUUAGAAUCUGACUGUUUAGAAAUGGUAUGCGUAGAAAUAUGUCCAGAAAAGGCUAAGAACACGAUAUUUGCUGUGAUGUAUAAACCACCAAGUAUGAAUCAAGAGAAAUUUAUCUUAGGCCUGGAACAGGAGUUUCUCGCUAAAUUGGACGACGAAAUGGUAAAGGAUUUGAUCAUUAUGGGAGAUUUCAACGCGGAUGUUAUUGCCCUGAAACCAUGCAAAUAUACCAGAAAAUUAACGCAAAGGACUCGUCUCCAUGGUCUGAGUCAAUUCGUCAAAGAGCCCACACGCGUGACGGAAUUCACAAGUACGGCAAUUGAUCUUGUGUUUGUUAAUAACACUCACCGUAUUGUCUCGCAUGGAGUCCAGGAAUUCGGAGCAAGUGAUCAUUCUGUUACUUUCGUAGUAAAGAAAGCCGGAGUUUGCAAAGCCCCCUUGGAAAUCCGCGACGUAAGAUCUUUUAAACAUUACAAUAAAACCAUUUUCGGAGAGACAUUGCUAGCGUUCCCUGGAGUGUUAUAGAGUCUUUUGACGAUAUUAAUGAUGCUGAAGUCGCCUGGAAUAAUCUUUUUGUUGAUGUUGCAAACCAGCAUGCUCCUUUAAAGAGAAUUAGAACAAAACAUGCGUCUAAACCUUGGAUCACUAUUGAUCUUAAAGAACUGAUGGCUGAAAGAGACUAUGCAUUAAGAGUUGCGAAGAGAUCUGGCAAUCAGGAACAGUGAAUUGAGUAUCGUAGAUUGAAAAACUUUACGAACAGAAAGAUAAAAUCAGCGGAGGCAUUGCACUACAAAAAUCUAAUUGAGUCAGCUGAGAAUCCUAAGGACAUGUGGCGCUCGCUAAACUCCGUGAUUGGUUCUAAUAACCAGGGGCUCUCCUUUUCAAGUACAUGACAGGAAACGUUUAGUAUCGGAGCCAGAAAGCGUAGCAACAAAAUUCAACAAGUUUUUUGCUGCCAUUGGCAGCAAAGUUACUGAUCGAUUGCGCCCUGUGAGUAAGGACGCAUGGAAGAAAUAUGAAACAGUGAAAGAAGCAAACAAGCAGAGUGAUAUCAAAUCCACCUUGAACUUUCAACGGGUUGAACAGAACACUGUUCAAAGCAUUUUGUAUUCUUUGAAAGUUAAUAAGGCAGCUGGACUUGACAGAAUUCCAGCAAGGCUGCUAAAAGAUGCUGAGGCGGAGCUUGCUCCGUCAAUCACCUAUCUUGUGAACAAAUCAAUUAGCGAUGGUAUUGUCCCUGAUCUGUGGAAAGUUGCACGUGUUACUCCUUUAUACAAGUCUGAUGAUAAACUGCAAGUUGAGAACUAUCGGCCUAUCUCUGUGCUGCCAGUAUUGAGUAAAGUCGUAGAAAGAGUGGUGCAUUCCCAGUUGAAUGCCCAUCUACAUCAGCUAGAUUUUCUGUAUCAACACCAGUAUGGCUUUAGGCGUGGGCAUAGCACUGAACAAGCUAUCACACAAUUGAACAACUGGGUUCUUCAAUCUAUGGACAAAGGUAAAGUAACUGGUCUACUGUUUGUCGAUAUCUCCAAGGCGUUUGACUCUCUGAACCACAAAGUGCUACUACGCAAGCUCGAGCAUUUAGAACUGUCUGAAAGACCUUUAAGAUGGUUCAGAUCGUAUCUUGCUCAUAGACAGCAAAGUGUUUUGAUAAACGGAGAAUUAUCAGAGCCACAUACCAUCACACUUGGCGUGCCACAAGGUAGCAUUUUGGGUCCCUUGCUAAUUAAUAUGUACAUUAAUAGCCUGCCAAAUGCUGUGAAAGAGACCCGGAUGAUUUUGUAUGCAGAUGAUGCUGUUCUCUUUUGUGACGCAUCAACACGUGAAGAACUUCAAAUUGCUCUGGAACGUGAAUUCACUGAAAUCAGUAACUGGUACACUGAUAACAGGUUGACUAUAAAUGUCAAGAAGACCAAAUUUAUGCUGGCAGGCAGUGAAAGGAUGCUAUCCUUGUUUGAAGACUUUGAGUUGCAACCAAAUGGUACACAAAUCGAUCGCGUACAGUCAUUCAAAUAUCUGGGAGUAACAACGGAUGUAAAAUGGAGCUGGAAGCCACAUAUCAGCAAUUUGCUAAAGAAACUAGGUCAUCGUCUUUCUUUGUUUAAUCGCAUAUUUCAUAUGUUAGACAAUAGAACUCGCAUAGCCUUCUACAAUGGGCUAGUGCUACCACACCUAGACUAUGCCGACACAGUGUAGGGAGAUCAACCCGGUCUAAAAUCAGAAAUGGAAAAAAUUGCAAAGUUUUCAGAACAAAUUUGCGAAGAAAAUUAAAUUAGGCAAAAUGUCUUCUUCAGAAGCUCUGAAGUGUCUGAAUUGGCUCCCUCUGGCUGGAAGACGUCUAUUUCAUCGUUGUACCACCGUAGAAAAUGCAAUCAAAGGAGACAUUCCGCAACAUUUUGAAAGUUUUAAAUCGACAUUGAGAAGUUCGCAUGGCUACAACACUAGAAAUGGCUACUUACCUAGACAGCCUAAACCUAAAACGGAAUUCGGAAAGAGGGUGUCCUACUUCCGUUUUACAAAUGACUGGAUGUCUCUCCCAGUAUUUUUAAGAAGGCCAAUACCAUGCACAAUUUUUAAGGAAAACCUUACAAAAUUCCUAAUGGAUAAAUAUUUUAAAUAAUGGAUAAAAAUUUUUAGAUAUACGCCGUAUAUUUUAUAUUUUAGACCUCCCUGAAAACCACGUAUUUACGUGACGGGCGCUUCCUCCUCAAAGAUUGUUUAUUAUUAUUAUAAUGACGGUAAAACUAAAGAAAGAAAGAUGUAUUGGUAGGAUUUAAACCACAACUGGUUCCGAUUCGGCCUUUAUACUCACAGUCAACUCAACUGUGGCCGAGGUCAGUGAGUUGGACAAUCUGCUAGCUGCGAAAAUUAUCAUCCAAACGGCUAUAAGAAGAUGCGAGAUUUGUAACUCUGCCGGAUUCUUUCUGGCUUGAACUUGCAUGGAACAAAUGUAUUAAUCAGAAUGUGUCUCUAUCAAUGUAUACUUUUGUUGCAGCCACUGCUGGAGAGGAAGGAAGGAAAUGUUUGAUGAGAGAAAUUGAGCUGGGGAAACUUAUAGGUGAAAACGUUUCGCCAAACAUUGUAAAGUUCAUGGGCUGCGUUACGACAGAAAGUAAGUACUAAGCGUACAGCAUCUUUUCUAGGUAUGUGUUAUCAACGAUACUACAAAUGCUGAAUGAACCUCUUAGGACCUCUUAACAUGAGUUCCGUAACUAGGAUGUUGAUGGAGCCAAGUUUGUCAUUUUCUUGGAGGCAACCACACUGUUUUUCUUCGAGAGCAUGUAUCCAUCAACAGUUCAUUAAGAUCCGGUCGGAUAGCUUUAAAUCUCGUUAACGGGGCCAGCCGGCUUUCUCCCUUUACCUAUAGUAAGUUUUUGAAAGUAAAUUCUGAUGAAGGUAGAUCCUAAAAGAAUGAGUCCUUCUUUUAAGCUAAUCUGCUUUAUGAAGAAAGCCAUCAGCAAUUUCAUCUUUGAUAUACAGUAAGGAGCCUUGACAUGGGGUUUAUUUGCUUUUUCUUUUGUUUUACGUCACUCAAGCUCACCCCAUACUCAUCAUGGAGUACUUGCCAUGUGGUGAUCUACUUGGCUACCUGAGAAAAUGCCGAGGAGUGAGGGAUCGGUACUAUCUUGGUGAGGGAAGAGCUCAGGAUUUGACCAACUACGAUCUCGUGUUGUUUGCCAAACAAAUCGCCGCCGGCAUGGUGUUCCUUGGAACGCAAGGGGUAAGUGGAAUACUUGUCACGUGUCAACUCUAACUCAGAAAAAUCUUUCAGAGAUUUAAACUUUUUAUUUUUCAAUAGCUCGGAUCUUGGCCAACAUUUAGGAGAGCUUUUGAAUUAGAUAAACCUCUUUGUUGAAAUUAGCAGGUCACUGCAGAUGUAAAAAAAAAAAAAAAAAAAAAAAAAUGAGCCAAAAGACAUGAGAAUAAGAUUCAUAAUAAUUCGGUUGCUCAGCCUAAAAAGAUCCCAGCUAUGAUUAUCUGGGAUGGUAUAAAAUUAAGCCUAAAAAAAAAUUCCAUGCACCCGUCAAAGAUCGAGAAUGCGCUGAUGGUUUGUUUUGGCUAUUCGCGUGUAGUGUAAAUAAUCUGCGCCGUAUAUAUAUAGAAAAACCUUAUUGCAACACUUAAAAAAUUAAACAAAGAGAAAAAUGAAACUCCCCAGAAAUCUGUAAAAGGAAACAAAGGUAAAGAGAAAACCAUCUUACUGAUCUUUUUCUUUUUUGGAAUACAACGGGUCCUCUGUUGCUUUACCAUUUCCAAAUUUCAUUUCAUUAUCAUAAUUAUUGUAAUUAUUAGCACAGUUAUUACUAUUAUCGUUAUCAUUGUUAUCGUUAUCGUUAUUUUCGUUGUUACAAAAAAUGCAUUUUUUUUCUGAUAAAGAAAGUAGAAAUCUUGGUUUUUUCAGCAUUAAAUCAUUACAUAGGGCUGCCUUAGUUUUAGCUCUUUUAUCAUUCGAACAUCCUCAAACAUUUUAUUUAGCGGCGUACUAUAUAAACCUAUCGUUUCCUACCUUUUACAUUCUGGCUCCUUAUCUUCUGAUAGAUCAUCCAUCGUGACCUGGCGGCUCGAAACAUUCUCCUCGAUAACAACUAUG